AUGAGUAAUCUAGGAGAAGACAUCGCCACAGCAUCAACAUUCGGGUCUUCACCCCUCUUAGUUUCUCCGUCAGGUGAUACUAUCCCUCUCUCGACUGGAUAUAUCCCUCUUCUCACAAACUAUACAUUGGAAGACGAAUCUAGAAAAGAAUUUCGAAAAGAAAAUAAAGAUGUCGAAAAAGAUUCUCCAAUUUACUUCUCAACACUCGAACUCGUACGUGAUAAUCAGUUCCUGCUACUCACCGGGCCCAGUGGGAGCGGCAAAACGACUUUCGCAAAACAUCUUGCUUUUCGCCUAGCGACUACCACUACGAAAUCAAUUGGAGGUGGUUCUUAUGUGAGAAAUGGGCCAACUCAUGUUCGGAACGAGUCUUGGGAUUUUGAAGGUACCGAUACGAUACCCUGCUAUUUUCCCAUCUCUAGCGUCUCUCAAUUCUCGAUAUUGCUUCUGGAAACGCUGCCUCAACUUAUUGAGAGCUGCAGGGAUAGUAGCAAGCCAGCGUGUCUAUUGAUCAUUCUUGAUUCUAUCGAGUCUCUUGGAGAAGAAGGGCCACAACUUUUAAAAUCUAUGGUCCAUCUAACCCAGAAUCACGAACAAGCAUCAUAA